UCUGACAUUUAACAUAACCUCUAUAUUUUGCUUUUGUUUUGAAUAUGAUAAGUUUGAAUGACAGGUGUAAAUAAAAAGCGUAUUUUAGUAUCUAGGCCACUAUGCAGGUAUUACAGCGAAUAUUUGCCGUUCAAAAUACAAAAUGCUUGCGUGGUAUGCUACGACAUUUUUGUUACAAGCCUAUCAAAAGACCCACGUUAAACAUACCGGCAAAAAGUAGAGUUGCAGCACAGGCUGAUGCUGAAAAAAAUCAAUCUCUUUCGAAUGUCCUGAAGACGCUUAUUUCCGCAACGGGCCCCAUAUCAGUAGCAGAAUAUAUGAAACAUGUUUUGACAAAUCCCAAUAGUGGCUACUACAUGUUGAAAGAUGUGUUUGGCGAAAAAGGGGAUUUUAUAACGUCUCCAGAAAUUAGCCAGAUAUUCGCUGAGCUGGUAGCCAUUUGGUGUUUGUCGGAGUGGCAAAAGUGUGGAUCACCGGGACCGCUACAGGUGGUUGAACUUGGCCCUGGCAGAGGCACCCUGUCACAGGAUAUACUUCGAGUCUUUGCACAAUUUGGUUUGUCUGACAAGUUUUCCUUGCACCUGGUUGAAGUUAGUCCAUAUUUGAGUGAAUUGCAAGCAAAACGUCUUUGCUGUCAGCACACUGAAACCAAAAAAGGAGAUCUUGAUUCAGUUCCGUACUACCGUAAGGGCGAAUCUGUGUCGGGAAUCGAAAUAUUUUGGUAUCGUGAAAUCAAACACGUGCCAAAAUCAUUUUCGAUUUUCUUGGCUCAUGAGUUUUUCGAUGCUUUACCCAUUCACAAAUUUCAUCGGACCGAUGAUAACAGUUGGCAGGAGAUUCUAAUCGACACAGACAAAACAGAAGAGAACCAUUUUCGAUUUGUGACUUCGAAUGCAAAAACAACAAUGCUUGGCCUAUUUUUAACACGACCCUGGAUCGAUAAAGACGUCCAACUCCCCAACGAUAUCGAAUACUCAGCGGAAACUGAGCAGACAAUUGAUGUGAUGGCCAAUCGUAUCGAAGAAAAUGGAGGAUUUGCCCUUAUAAUGGAUUAUGGUCACUCUGGCGAAAAAGGUGAUACGUUUAGAGCGUUUAAGAAUCACAAACUACACAAUCCCUUGGUAGACCCUGGAACAGCCGACGUGACAGCUGACGUAAAUUUUGCACAUAUCAAGAUGAUUGCAGAGCAUAAUAACCGAGUUGUCACAUAUGGUCCAAUUGAACAAAAAGAUUUCCUCAGUCGAAUGGGCGGUGAGACACGCCUUAAAAAUCUAAUGGACAAAGCAGCCUCUACGAAUGAUGCAAAUUUACUAAAGUCUGGCUAUGAUAUGUUGACGGAACCAUUGAAGAUGGGUUCACGCUUCAAAUUCUUUGCAAUGUUCCCAAAGAUUCUCGAAAAUCAUUUAAAGAAAUUUCCUGUAAAUGGGUUUUCCGUGCCGAGCAACAAAAUCAUGUUUGAACUUAUGCGCGCAUUUUUGAGGUUAUGUGCAAAUGACAGAUGAAUCAAUGAACUGUGUUUUUUUCGAAGUCGAAAAAUGCUUUCGGCGCUGCAAUCGUUGAGGUAUUUGUUUUUGUUUUUCAUAUUGCGUAGAUUCUUCUCGAUGUACAACGACAUAGCAAUCGAAUAAAAGAAGAAGAAGACAC